CCUGGAAUGUUUUCAUCAAAAAAAAAGUUUUUUAUUCUUUUAUUUGUAGAGCUGGUUGUCACUAUACAGAUUUCUCAGGACAUGCUGAUCUGUCAGGUAGCUGGAACAGUUUAUGCACUGUAAACUACUUCAAGAAACCGCUUAAGUAGCCUUUGCUUAAUGUCACUCUAAAUGCAAAUACCAGCCCAUUCUGCUGCUAUCAAAUGCGGAGCAACGUCAUUUUCCUAUAUUAAGCUCGGCGUGAACACGAUCUAACAGACUGGCACGUGCAGCAGAGGGGAUGAACACCCAGUCAAAGCAGCAUGUCUGAGGUCUGAAGUUCUCAGCCCAGGUUGAACUCCGAGAACUUUCUCAUUGAGUUAUGCACCUGAAACAACUCCCUUCACCGUCCGCACUGGCCAACAAACCAGUGAGGGUGGACAAUGAUUUUACGCACAUCACCGCCGCGGGGGACGCGCGCAUCUCCUCCUCCGAUGACACCCUGGAGAACGAGCCACCUUUCAAAAGACUCUCCACAGGAAUGAGAAACACGCAAAACGCUCUGGACUGCGUCUCCGCGGCACGGGAUGACAGUGACGGCGCGGACAAGUGUAAUUUACUUGAAUCAAGUCAAGCGCGGACAGAUUUCGCAUCGUCUUCGGCAAUGUUCUCGUAUUCGGGUCAGCAUGUAGUGCCCGCGCUCCCGGCACUCUCCAGUCACUACAUGACAACUCACCCGGUCAUCAGCAACGGGCCGUACAACGGGCUGAGCUACGCGUACUCACAGCCGUACGGACAAACUUACUCAAACGCCGCAGUCUAUCCUUUCCACCCGGUGCCCGGUAAAGCGCAGGUUUACCUGUGUAACCGGGCGCUGUGGUUCAAAUUCCACAGACACCAAACAGAAAUGAUCAUUACUAAACAGGGACGCCGGAUGUUUCCGUUUCUUAGUUUUAGUGUUUCUGGCCUUGACCCGAUGUAUCACUAUAAUAUUGUUGUGGAUGUGAUUCUGGCGGAUCCGAACCACUGGAGGUUCCAGGGCGGAAAAUGGGUUCCCUGUGGCAAAGCGGACACGAAUGUCACCGGUAAACCCCCUGUUACGGGAAACCAAGUAUACACGCACCCGGACUCUCCAAACACCGGCGCGCACUGGAUGCGUCAGGAGAUCUCUUUCGGAAAACUGAAGCUGACAAACAACAAGGGAGCUUCCAGCAACUCCACUCAGAUGAUCGUUCUACAGUCCCUUCAUAAGUAUCAGCCGAGGGUCCAUGUGGUUGAAAUAAACAAGGAUGGAGAUGAAGAUACAAGUGAUCCUGAUCGAGUACAGACGUUUACCUUUCCCGAGACGCAAUUUAGAGCCGUCACAGCUUACCAGAACACAGAUAUAACUCAACUAAAAAUUGACUACAAUCCAUUUGCUAAAGGAUUUCGGGACAAUUAUGAUUCAAAUUACAGUGGCUGCGAUGCUGACCGACUGACCCCAACACCGGGCGACUCUCCACACUCUCAGCUGCUGCUUGGCUCACGGUACGCAAUGACAAGCGCCUUAUUCCAGGAGCAGUUAGUCAACAGUUACACAAAAUCCUGUUUUACAACUCUUAGCCCUGAUCCUGGCACUACUGACCGACCACUCAUGCUUACUAACAGCCUAUCGGACCAAACCCAAGAGGGCAGCAACUCCGGACAGCGCUGGUUUGUGUCGUCCUCAGCUGCUCCAUCAUACGAAACUGAUAUAAACACAGCAGCUCUGCUCUCUUACGCCACAGCGGGGGUCAAAGGUCUGCCUUUUACUAGUACUGGUGGCACUGGUAACAGUUUGGAUUACUACACCAGUGCUGCUGGAUGGGAUUCAAGGGGUUCGCUAGAGAACAGCAGUAAAACCGCCUCAAAUCUUCCUGGUUGGGUCAUGGAUACGACUCUUGCAAGAUCGACACAAGCGAAUUACAUGCUCGAGGAUGGGAAUAUGUUGGAAAUAGACAGAUCUGCUCUGGAGGUUUCCGAGGAGCUUGAAGGAAAAGAUGCCUCGGAUUCGACAUGGACCGAGACUCAGUCUUCCAUUAAAUCAGUCGAUUCCAGUGAUUUAAGGAUUUUGGAAGAAUCACAACAGAGAAAUUCCUCUAUCUCUCUCGUUUCAGAUGUUCAGACUGCAAAAGACAUUCAGCUCUCACAGAACAGGGAAAGAAAUGAAUCUGACUUUUUUCAUUUUGGCACUCAAAAGUAAACCUGCCAUGGGCUGAGUGUGCAAUUAAAAUGUUGUUAGUAUAGAAAUAACAUUAUGUAUGCAAUAUUUAUUUAUUUUAAUGUUAAUGAAACCAUUGCUGCACCAUGUCUGAGUUGAGUAUUCAGUGUUUUUUUUGUUUUCAGUGGUGUUAAUAUGAAAAAAGAGAGGGUUAAUAGACUGUCAUAUGAGUGUUUGUGUACAGUCCCAAUAUAAUGAAUCUAGAUAAACUGUUAUUAGCUUAAAAUCACAGCAGUGUUUGAUAUGGGAAUUUAAUGAUCGUGAUCUAUCAAAACAGAUUGAUUAGAUGCGUAUGAUUGUAAAAUAUAUUAAUGUGAAGAAGUCGUGACAUUCUGCAGGUGUCAGAAUGUUUGAUGUAUAAUGUUAAUAAAUUGUCAGAUGUUUGAGUAUAUUAAAUCCCCCCAAAAUUCUUUGCUGCUUAAAUUACAGUUUAGAUUCCGUUUCUUAUUUAGUGAUGUACUAUGUCAACAUUGCAAGUUGGUGUGAGUGCUUAAUACUUUACAACACUGACACCUAGCGGCGAAUGGAAGAACGAACUCUCGAAUGCUGUCUACGAGGGCUGUGUAAGCCUGGAUCAGCUGACCAGGUUUUGGGACACCGCUUAUUUGUCCUUGACCCGGUUUAAUUCUACCAUAAGCAAAAGGCUUAAACACGGAAGCAGAAUCUAUCACUUAAUGCCGUUACAAACUCUCUUAGUGUACAUUACAGUGAAGGGAUCAAGUGAAGAAUGCAGCUCUUUCAGCAGCUGUUGAACCUGAAAUAACCGGACCCACCUAAACAAAGCAACUCUGCUGGCCUAACCCAUAGGCUAUGUCAUACUAUGGAAUAUAUGAACCGUACAAAAGUAACAUUUUACCCUAUUUCCUCACAUUCAUGCUAUUUCAGUCGACCAUGUGCAGUUUAAAUGCCACUGGUUCUUGCUUAUCUCAAACACUGCACGUCAGUUUGAACAUGUGGAAUGGCAUAUCAUUUUUAGCGGUAGGCUAAUGCACAAAAGAAGAGGUCCACUGAAAAGCCCACUGACUUAAUAAUAAUUUCAUCCUCCUUUUUUUUCUAAACA